AUGGGUACAUCGAGCAUGAACAGCGAGAGAUCACGAGGCGCUCAUGCGGGGAUGAGCAAGGGCUUUGCCGGGGGCAAGUCAAGUUGGAAUCCCAAUAUCUGGGGGGAUAGCAACCUAGGCAACGGGUUUGAUGACCAGAAUCUUGCGGAGGCUGCAUUCGAAGGAAAGUCAGGAUCAAGCUCCUUGCUGUCCUCCUCUGAAUCCGAUGGCUGGAACACCAGACCAAAUCUGCCUUGGACUACUGUAAAUACAACAGCGGCUGCUUUGUCCAGAGCCCCAAAUAACGGCAUGGCGACCUCACCUGUUGCAACUAGGGCCAAUGACCGGAGCGCACCCGCUUUGGCGGAGACUGCCGAUUCCUCAUCGUAUUUCUCUCUAUCAAGAUCCGCUGGGAUUGGCUCAUCCUCGGGAGCGGGCAGUCACAAACCCUACUUGAACAGCGGAACAGAGGGCAUCUCGCCAUCUGGAGACGGCCUAUCCUUCGGCAACUUUGGUGGGCUCCGGAGUGGUGACGGUAGACGGCACGCUGGGGCCUCUGCUUUUGCAGGCAGUCCAGUUGGGACUGGAUUCCCCAUGAAGCCAGGUUUUACAAGCCCUCUUGACACAACACGCGCCGACGAGGCGGCAGCCAUGUCUGGCUUGCCCCAGACACUCCCUGAGACGAUGACGCAGCCUCUGGCUCGCAACAGCUAUGCGCAUGCGUCUCAUAACUCUGCCUCGUUUACCUCCCAGCGACCUGGACAUUCUUCUCAUCCCUCAUUUCAUUCGGAAAGCCAGGGCUUCCAGGGUCGCUACGGUGCGGCGUCUAUGGACUUGAGUGCAGGCCUCAACAAGCUCCAGCUAAACGAGGGUGGCUUUUCUGCUCAUUCAGCUGUAGGCCGUCCGGGCUAUCUCUCUCAUUCCUCCUAUGAUGCGUCAUUGCAACGCCUCAAAUACCAAAAUUCAGGCGAUGAGUCCAACUAUGACGCGGUGACUGGUUAUUCCGGUGAAGGGGCGCCCGAGUUGCCAUUAGCCUAUCAGGCUGGUCGGUCCCGCCUUGGGGAUGGGUCGAUUUCGCCCACGGAAUAUGCUCGGGUGGAAGCCCCAUUUUAUGCGGCGCUUGAUGCUGGCGCAAUCCCCGAGACUCAUUAUCGCAAUGGUUCGGGCGGUCGGCUUACGGAAAGUCAGGCGCUGGCCUUGGAGCGAAAGCUACGUGGCAUGCACCAGGAUCAGGACCUAUCUCAACUUCCCGCGAAUCCUCUGCAAAGGAUUCCCUUGGCUCCUGCAUAUGAUCUGACCGGAUAUCAAGCGGCACGGCUCAAUGCACUGUCAGGAUUCUACCCUGUGGCACAUCUGAGUGGACUUGGGCCUGCUGCCAUCAUUCCUCGAAAUCAUCGUGAGCAAGAUCCUGCCCAGGUGGUUCGAAGCCCGCUUCUAGAAGAAUUCCGGGCCAAUAGCAAGGGCAAUAAGCGAUAUGAGUUGAAGGACAUCUACAAUCACAUUGUCGAAUUCAGUGGCGAUCAGCAUGGUUCUCGAUUCAUCCAGCAAAAGCUGGAGACGGCGAACAGCGACGAGAAGGAGCAGGUGUUUCGCGAGAUUCAGCCCAACUGCCUGCAGUUGAUGACCGAUGUUUUCGGCAAUUAUGUGGUCCAGAAGCUGUUUGAACAUGGCAACCAAUCGCAGAAGAAGAUUCUUGCCAAUCAGAUGAAGGGACAUGUGCUUGCUUUGUCGACCCAGAUGUAUGGAUGCCGUGUAGUCCAGAAGGCACUUGAGCACAUCUUGACCGACCAGCAGGCAUCGAUGGUCAAGGAACUCGAGAAUCAUGUUCUUAAGUGUGUCCGAGACCAGAAUGGUAACCAUGUCAUUCAGAAGGCGAUUGAGAGGGUGCCGUCUCAAUAUGUGCAGUUUAUUAUCAACGCUUUCAAAGGCCAAGUGAAUCGCCUUGCCGCUCACCCUUAUGGAUGCCGGGUCAUUCAGCGCAUGCUUGAGCAUUGUGAGGAGGAAGAUCGUGAAUCCAUCCUGGCCGAGCUUCAUGCCUGCACCACUCAUCUCAUCCCCGACCAAUUUGGAAAUUAUGUGAUUCAACAUGUGAUUGAAAACGGCGAGGAGAAAGAUCGGUCUCGGAUGAUCACCAUCGUAUUGUCGCAAUUGCUGGUGUACUCGAAGCACAAAUUCGCUAGCAAUGUCGUCGAGAAGAGUAUUGAGUUCGGUGAAGAGUCUCAGCGUCGGCAAAUCAUCAGCACUUUGACUUCGCCAAAUGACAGAGGGGAGAGUCCUCUGCUUGGGCUGAUGCGUGAUCAGUAUGGAAACUACGUUAUUCAGAAAGUCCUUGGUCAACUGAAAGGCGAAGAAAGAGAGGGUCUCAUCGAGCAGAUCAGGCCUUUGCUUAGCCAGCUGAAAAAGUUCAGCUACGGAAAGCAAAUCGUCGCCAUCGAGAAGCUCAUCUUCGAUUCCCCGGCAGCUGCGAGUGCAUCACUCUCCCAAGUUGCUUCGUCUACAACGCCACCUCACUCUCACAAAUCCUCCCCUCAACCAAGUAAGCGCUUGGUCAGUGAUCUUGAGGGCGGCCGAGUCCCUGCCGUCGGUGCAGCGCCGCCCACUCCGCCCCCCACGGACGCGCAGAGCCAAGGUGAUGAUGGUUCUUCGGAUUCCAAAACUCUGGCCAAAAGCACAUUGACCCCACUGUCCGAGUCCGAAUCGGCUGGGGCUGUGCCGAAUGCCUCUAUCCAAGUGGCAGGAUCGACCUAA